GGAGGAAGUGACGUUAGCCGCGUAGUCUCGCGGCUCCCGAAACCGCCGCUGAUUGGCUGGGUGGUGGCGGCGUCGCUGCGGAGCCUCCUUCCCGCUUCCCCCCGCCGCUCUCGGCCCGGGCCGCCUGCCCGCCCUCUCCCCCGCCCCGGAGAGCCGCGGCCGCGCCGAGAGCCGCCAAGAUGGCGUCCGCCCUGGAGCAGUUCGUCAACAGCGUCCGGCAGCUCUCGGCCCAAGGGCAAAUGACCCAGCUUUGUGAAUUGAUCAAUAAAAGCGGGGAACUGCUAGCAAAAAAUCUCUCCCAUCUGGAUACAGUGCUUGGUGCCCUGGAUGUGCAAGAACACUCUUUAGGGGUUCUUGCUGUUUUGUUUGUGAAGUUUUCUAUGCCAAGUGUCCCUGAUUUCGAAACAUUAUUCUCGCAGGUCCAGCUUUUUAUCAGCACUUGUAAUGGGGAGCACAUUAGAUAUGCAACAGACACUUUUGCUGGCCUCUGCCACCAGUUAACAAAUGCCCUUGUGGAAAGAAAACAGCCCCUGCGAGGAAUUGGCAUUCUCAGACAAGCCAUAGACAAGAUGCAGAUGAACACAAACCAGCUGACCUCAAUACAUGCAGAUCUCUGCCAGCUCUGUUUGUUAGCAAAAUGCUUUAAACCUGCCCUCCCAUAUCUAGAUGUGGACAUGAUGGAUAUUUGUAAAGAGAAUGGGGCAUAUGAUGCGAAGCACUUUUUAUGUUACUACUACUAUGGUGGGAUGAUAUACACUGGGCUAAAGAACUUUGAAAGAGCGCUCUACUUUUACGAACAGGCAAUAACUACUCCAGCCAUGGCAGUCAGUCAUAUUAUGUUGGAAUCGUAUAAAAAGUACAUUCUAGUUUCUUUGAUACUACUUGGCAAAGUUCAACAGCUACCGAAGUACACCUCUCAGAUAGUGGGUAGAUUCAUUAAGCCCCUUAGUAAUGCAUACCAUGAAUUAGCACAAGUUUAUUCAACCAAUAAACCAUCGGAGCUCCGAAACUUGGUCAACAAACAUAGUGAAACAUUCACCAGAGAUAACAAUAUGGGGCUGGUUAAGCAGUGCUUGUCAUCUCUUUAUAAAAAGAAUAUACAGAGGUUAACCAAGACAUUUUUAACCCUGUCAUUACAAGAUAUGGCAAGUAGAGUGCAGCUAUCAGGGCCGCAGGAAGCAGAAAAAUAUGUCCUUCACAUGAUAGAAGAUGGUGAAAUCUUUGCAAGUAUUAAUCAGAAAGAUGGUAUGGUCUGUUUCCAUGAUAAUCCUGAAAAAUACAAUAAUCCGGCUAUGCUUCAUAACAUUGAUCAGGAGAUGCUGAAAUGUAUAGAGCUUGACGAACGACUGAAAGCCAUGGAUCAAGAGAUCACUGUGAACCCUCAGUUUGUGCAGAAGAGUAUGGGCUCUCAAGAAGAUGAUUCAGGAAGCAAACCUUCAAGUUAUUCUUGAAAUUAACAUUGGCCACUAUUCAGUUUUAAAGUAAAAGCUAAAGAAAACCACCUUUUGGACUGGGCAUUGAAAAGUCCUAUGAAGAGAGCAGAGAGAACUGAGGCUUUCACCUGGACAUUUAGAAAAUAAAAUGACACCUUCUCAGUACUGUAUGAUUUCAAAAAUAUUCUCUGCAAAGAAAGGAAAUCUCAAAGAAAUUUUAAAGUCUGUUGUGGAUUUAUUUAUCUUCAGAUUAACAUCGUUAAUGCAUUAAAUAAUCUUCCUUUUGUUUUAAAUGGUUUGAAUGUUGCUGUUUCUGUAGCAGUCCUUUUUCCUCUCCUACAAAAUUUGUUUAAAGUGUGUUUGUUCAGGGAAGAAUACAAACAAGUAUGGGUCACUUAUACAAGACAAUUAUUAGUUUGUUAUUUGAAAGCAUUUUGGACUCAGUUUGCUCUAUAAAUACAGAUUUAUUUAUCAAUGUAUAGAAAAAAUAAUUUACUUUAUUUAAGAGUAACAAUUUUUGUAAACUUACAUUCUAUCCCUACCCAAUCCAGCUGGCAGCUGUCUUAAGUGAUUAAAUAUAAACCCUCUUCAUCCCAAAAGGCUGAGAAUAUUACCAUAGCACUCCCAUGCUGGUAUGGAAUUAGAAUGUGGCAUUAGCUGCCUCUGCCAUAGAGCGCAAAAGGCUAUAGGGUCCUCUAUAUAUGACAACUACUUAUUUUAUGCCAGUAAUUUAAAAACCAAUGGUAGAAUUAAUGUCCUUCAAUAUUAAUGGGAUAUUCUUGCAAUCAGAUGAAAAUUUCUAGACCUAAACAAAAGGGUAUCUUUAAAACCUGGAUUUUGUGGAGCAAGACAGAGGUGAAGUCCAGUUUGCAUUGAAAAGAACUCUAGUGGCUCAAGACUACACAACCUGACAUAAAGCAGCUUUAAAACAGCCUGGAACUUGGCUGUGUGUGUGAAUUCCGUUUAAGUACAAGAGUACUAUAGAGCUACAGUUGAGGCUUACCUCUCUGUGGCACUUUUAAUACACUACUAAUAUAAAAGCAGACAUAUCAUAUGGAGGUAAUGUACGCUGGAACAGUGUUCUGCAGUUUGAAAUCCAAGGAUUCAUUUCAACCAUAGAUGCCUUGUUGAAUUAUUUAAGUAGUUUACCCAUUGAAUCAACAGGUUCGCUGUUAGUUUUGUAGUUUUUGUGUAUCUGAAACUUCUCACUGUUAACAGAGCACUUUUGAAACAGUUGCUGUCACUGCUGCCCUCCUGCUGUCAGACAUAAACUUGUCACUGAGUCAGAUUUUUCAGAAUUGCUCAGCAUCCCACAGUGCCCAAUUCAGUAUCUCCAUGGGAGCUGCUGGGUGCUGAGCACUACUGAAGGCCCUAUUCCAUGUGAGAUUACUGUGUGACUAUGGAGCACCUGUGCUUCUAACGCUGAUAUUGGGAACUGUUUUAAAGAGCUCUAAAUCUAGCAGAGCCUUCUUUGACAGAGGUAUGCCCUCUCCAGUAAAAGCAAAAACGAUGUGCAAGCUCAUCUGUAGCUGGUGUAUGAGUGUUGUUUAAAACUUUCCUCAAAUGGCUUGCUCCAUUAUUUUGUAUGUCUACCCAGCAAAACAAACC